AGAAUGUAGCUGGUCACUACAUUUCCGCCUUCCAUGAUAUUCCUCUGAAGGUGGACUGUACAGAGGAAAACGGCAUUCCCAGAAAAAAGUCACGAAAUGAUGAAUAUAAGAAUUUGGUCAAUAUGGUUGUGGAAAUACCUCGAUGGACAAAUGCCAAAAUGGAGAUUUCCACCAAGGAGCCACUGAAUCCCAUUAAACAAGAUGAGAAGAAUGGAAAGCUACGCUUUACACCAAAUAUCUUCCCUCACAAGGGCUAUAUAUGGAAUUAUGGGGCCCUCCCCCAGACCUGGGAAGACCCCCAUCUGAAGGAUAAGAGCACAGACCUCGGUGGAGACGACGACCCCCUUGAUGUUUGUGAAAUAGGCUCAAAGGUUCUUUCCUGUGGAGAUGUGGUUCGUGUGAAGAUCCUUGGGAUUUUGGCACUUAUCGAUCAGGAUGAAACAGAUUGGAAAGUAAUUGCUAUCAAUGUGAAUGAUCCUGACGCUGAAAAACUUAAUGAUAUUGAUGAUGUUAAGAAGUUCAAGCCAGGCUACCUGGAGGCCACUCUCGAUUGGUUGAGACUUUAUAAGGUACCAGAAGGAAAGCCAGAAAACAAGUUUGCUUUCAAUGGAGAAUUCAAAAACAAGGAUUUCGCCCUUGAAGUUGUUAACAAUGCACAUGAAUGCUGGAAAGCGAUGCUUGCAAAGAAAUGUGACCGGGGAGCCAUCAGUUGUGUAAAUGUGUACGUGUGUGAUAGCCCUUUCCGAUGCACUCCAGAGGAAGCAAGAUCAUUGGUUGAAUCGGCCCCAAAACAUUCAAUGUGUAAAGCAAGCAAUCUGGAAGAAGAGACGUGGCACUUCCUUGGCAAGUGAGGGGGACACUGGAGGCUUCUACAUCAAGACUUCAACCUCUGAGGAUCCCUGAGGUUCCUUUUCCCUCAGUGCUCUUGCCAGACAAGCUGAUGACCAUUUGAUGACUUCCUUUCAAAACAUCAUUGUUCUAAAACUUUUUAAAAAUAAACUUGUAAAUAAACACUGAUAUACAGAA